AUGCUCGCUUCAAGAACAGCAUCAAGAGCUGCGGCUCGCACAAUUCGUGCACCCAUUAGACAACAAACUAGACAGACUAGAUUUGUUUCGACGACACAAGCCGAAGGUGCGAAGGCAGGUGGUGCUUCGGGCUUUGCAGCAGGUAUUGCUGGUGGGGCCGUGGUUUUGGUUGGAUGCUACACAUACUACCAAUUUUCCGGUGCCAAAACCGUCGUCAACGCUUACUCUUCUACGAAAUCUCAAUUCCAAAAGGCUACCUCGUCACUAUCUGAAAAAGCUCCCGAACCAAAUCAAGCGAUCAAAUGGCUUCGCAAUGCCACUUCUUCUUAUGCCGCCUUUAUCCCUGGUGCACAAUCAUUCCUUGAUAGUGCAUUUAACGAUAUUGAGAAAGUACAAGAAAAACAUGGCAAGGAAGUCGAUGAGAUUGUUAGCAAAACCUAUUCUGAAUUGAAGAAUAUCAGUCAAAAAGGAGGACUUGAUAUGCAAACUGCGGUGCAGAGUUAUAAUGUAUUGACCAAGGCAUUGAGCGAGAUUGCCGAGUUAGGGAAGGACUCUCUUGGAGACAUUAUGGACAAUCACCCACAAAUCAAGAAGCAAGUAGGGGGCAACUUGGAUCAAUUGAAGAGUAUGGCUGAGAAUUACGGACCGGAUGCCAAGAAAGAGUUGGAUGACACUUACAAGAAAGUUUCUGAGAUUCUCUCCGGAGGAUUGGGUGCCGGAUCGAUCGAAAAGGUUUGCAAAUUGAUCCAAGAGAAGAGUGAGAAGGUUCAGAAGCUUGGAGAACAAGCUUGGAAUAAGGGAAUGGAAGAGUGGAAACCAUAUUUGGAGAAGAACCCAAAGGUUAAGGAGAUCGUCGAGAAGAAUGCCGACGCCUUGAAGUCCGGUAACGUCAAGGAAAUCUUCGAUCAAGUCAAGAGAGCUGUUGAGUCUGGAAACACAGAUGAUCUUCAGAAAUAUGUCAUGGAUGCAGGAGAGAAGGCAAAGAACAGUGGAUUGGGACAAAAUGUUCAACAGUAUGCUCAACAAGCUGCGAAGAUGGCAGGAAUCCCUGGAUCAGACAAGUUGUGGGAGAAAUUACAACACUUGCAAGAUGUAGCAAAGGAUCAUGGAGAUGAGUUCGAGGGCUUGGUAAAGAGCGCUUAUGAAGAUAUCAGUAAGGUUGUCGAGAAGAAGGUUGCGGAGGCAGAGAAGUUGAAGGGAAAGGUUGAGAAGGAUGUCAAGAAAUAA